GGCAAAUGAACAAGCAGCGAGCUGCGGCGCUGGAGGAGAGCAGCAGAGAGAGACCGCACACGUCCGUCCAUCCUACCUAAGACACCGUUUAUCGUUCUCUUCUUUUUCUUUCUAUCCAACCGACCUUCCUCUUCAAACGCCCCUCUUUCACGCAGUUAUCUGUGGCCUGUGCUGCGAUGUUGAUCCUGGACGUUUUGUCCCCGCUCCUCCUCCUUUCCAUCCUGGUGCUGCGCUACGGUGGCGGAGCGGCGGACAUUCCAGAGGACGCUACAUCAGAGUUCUCAGUCAGACUGUACCACCAGCUGCAGGCAGCGGGCGAUCAGGAUAACAUUAUUUUCUCUCCUCUGAGUGUGGCUGUGGCCCUGGGCAUGGUGGAGCUGGGAGCCAGAGGAGCUUCACUGGACGAGAUACGACAGGCUGUAGGCUUCAGCCAUCUGCUGCCAGGCAUGGAGUUCUCUUUGCUCCAGAACCUGACGGCAGCUCUGUCGGAGGACGACACUCACUACGUGAUCCGAUUUGCCAACAGCCUCUUCCUGCAGGAAGGUGUUACCUUUAACCCGGAGUUUCUGCAUCUGAUGAGGAAGUACUUCCGGGCUGAAGUGGAAACAGUGGACUUCAGCGAAUCAGCAGCCGUGGCCGAGCAGAUCAACAGCUGGGUGGAAAAUCAUACAGAGAGUAAGAUCCGUGAGCUGCUAUCGGCCGAGGACUUCAGCAGCGUGACCCGCCUGACCCUGGUAAACGCCGUCUACUUCAGAGGCUCCUGGAAAAACCAGUUCCGGCCAGAGAACACCAGAACCUUCUCCUUCAGCAGAGACGAUGGCUCUGAGGUUCAGACACUCAUGAUGUACCAACAGGGAGACUUCUACUACGGUGAGUUCAGCGAUGGCUCACAGGAAGCUGGUGGUGUGUACCAGGUGUUGGAGAUACCCUAUGAGGGGGAGGACAUGUCCAUGAUGAUCGUUCUGCCUCGACAGGAGGUACCAUUGGCUUCCCUGGAGCCCAUCAUCAAAGCACCGCUGCUGGAGGAGUGGGCUAACAAUGUCAAACGGCAGAAGGUGGAAGUCUACCUACCUAGGUUCAAAGUGGAGCAGAAGGUCGACCUUAAGAGCACUCUGCAGGAGCUAGGAAUAAAGAAGAUCUUCACCAACAAUGCUGAUCUCUCUGCCAUGACAGACGGUAAGGACCUGUACAUCGGGAAGGCAGUGCAGAAGGCUUACCUGGAGGUGACCGAGGAGGGAUCAGAGGGAGCCGUUGGGUCAGGAAUGAUCGCCCUGACCAGGACUCUGGUGCUGUACCCACAGGUCAUGGCCGAUCACCCGUUUUUCUUUGUCAUACGAAACCGGAGGACAGGGUCCAUCCUCUUCAUGGGCAGGGUCAUGACCCCUGAAAUCAUCGAGCCCAACGACCACGACUUUGACUCUAUGUAACCAUGACGCGAGGUCGCUCAGUGCCAGCCAAUGAGACCCUGACAUCAUAAAAGCUACCUAUCCUCUAUCGCCAUCUUCAGCUGUGUUUUAUACUCUUGAAAAAGAUAUAUAAACUGAUUACUAUAUGAUAUAUUAUAUAUUGAAAUAUGACAUACUGACAUAUAAUGUGACUGUGUUUUGAUACUGGAAGCUUUAAACUCUUGGAUACUGACGUGCUGAAAGAGGAAGUUGUAAAUAUUCUCUAGUAAAGGGUGGUUUGUAUUUGAACAAGAAGAACACAUGAUAUGUAAUCCACGCACAACCCCUUUAAGUUCAGCAGCUUCGCACUCACCUGCGCCCGCACACACAAUGCACAAAAAACGUUUUCUUCUUUAAAAAAUAUUUACUCUUUCUUACUCCAGAUACAGUAUGUGCACACCAUAAGUAUCACACUUUAAUUAUAUCCCUGUACAUUUGCCAUUGUGUUCUAUAUAUACAUAUACUGUAUAUGCUCAGUAUUUAUUGCAGAAUAAACAUGUGCAAACAUUU